UCCCGGAGCGGAGCAGGCGACACCUCUCCCUGUUUCUGCCCCCUCCCCCAGGGACGGUCAGGGAGAGCCGAAGGUAGAGCUCUGACGGCCCCAGCAGCCACUCCAUCUCCCGACGGGCCUUAGCUCUUCUCCCGUGUACAGCAGUCCACCUGCAACAGAAGCGGGAGUGCCAGCCCGUCUGUCAAACACCCAGGCGUUCUGGCAGGGGAACCGCAGGCCCAAACCACGGGCGGGCGCUCCGGAGCCCCGGUGACACCGCCCCGCCGCGGUCGCGCUCCCUCCCGUGAGACUGGCACGCAGCGCGGCGAAGUAGUUUGGCCGCUGCCGGCCGCCGUGGCGGCUGUCUGCGCGCGCAGAGCUGCCGGGGGGGCGAGCGGAAGGUUAUGGCGGAGCCCGGCUGAAGCAGUGCUGCGUCUAGCGGAGUAUUACUAUCCAAGAGGAUUUAGACUUUAAAAAGUCCCUGAAGAUGCCUGCUGCCUGCGAUUCAGUGCUGGAAGACAUUGAGGAUAUGGUGUCAGCAGAAGAUUUGAAACCGCAGGAUCGGCAGUUUGUGAGAAAGAAUGUCUUCCCAAAAGUGCGAAAACGCCGCUCACAAAACAGGCAGGCAGACGAGGAUCCCCCAAGUGACAGCAUUAUCCCUGGUGUUCAGAAAAUCUGGAUCCGUACAUGGGGAUGUUCUCACAAUAAUUCAGAUGGCGAAUAUAUGGCUGGACAGCUGGCUGCCUAUGGAUACAAAAUUACAGACAACUCUGCUGAAGCAGAUUUAUGGUUGUUGAACAGUUGUACAGUGAAAAAUCCCGCUGAGGACCACUUCAGAAACUCAAUCAAGAAAGCCCAAGAAGGGAAUAAGAAAGUGGUUGUAGCAGGCUGUGUGCCACAGGCCCAGCCUCGUCAGGACUACCUGAAAGGCUUGAGUAUCAUAGGGGUUCAGCAGAUAGACCGUGUAGUAGAAGUUGUGGAGGAAACUAUAAAAGGUCAUUCUGUGAGAUUGCUGGGUCAGAAAAAGGAUAAUGGAAAACGUUUGGGGGGAGCUCGACUGGAUUUGCCAAAGAUUAGGAAGAAUCCGCUGAUAGAAAUUAUUUCCAUCAAUACAGGGUGUCUCAAUGCAUGUACCUAUUGCAAAACGAAGCAUGCCAGAGGAGAUCUAGCAAGCUACCCAAUUGAAGAGCUGGUGAGCAGAGCCAAACAGUCUUUUCAAGAGGGUGUUUGUGAGAUAUGGCUGACCAGUGAAGACACAGGGGCUUAUGGCAAAGACAUUGGCACAGACCUCCCUACGCUUCUGUGGAAGCUGGUUGAAGUUAUUCCUGAGGGAGCUAUGAUGAGGCUUGGCAUGACAAACCCUCCAUAUAUUUUAGAGCAUCUGGAGGAAAUGGCGAAGAUUCUCAAUCACCCAAGAGUCUAUGCCUUUCUGCACAUACCAGUCCAGUCAGCUUCUGACAGUGUGCUCAUGGACAUGAAAAGAGAAUAUUGUGUAGCAGACUUCAAACAAGUAGUGGAUUUCCUUAAAGAAAAAGUGCCUGGAAUAACAAUUGCUACAGACAUCAUCUGUGGUUUUCCAGGAGAGACAGAUGAAGAUUUUCAAGAAACAGUGAAACUUGUGGAACAGUACAGAUUUCCCAGCUUGUUUAUUAAUCAAUUUUACCCACGCCCAGGAACUCCAGCUGCAAAAAUGCAUCAAGUUCCAGCUGCGGUGAAAAAACAGAGAACAAAGGAUCUGUCCCAGCUGUUUCAUUCAUACAGUCCAUAUGAUCAUAAGGUUGGUGAGAGGCAGAGAGUUCUGGUAACAGAAGAAUCCUUUGAUUCCAAUUACUAUGUUGCUCACAAUCCCUUCUAUGAGCAGGUUCUUGUGCCAAAAGAUCCCCUGCUAAUGGGUAAGAUGGUAGAAGUGAAUAUUUAUGAAGCUGGGAAACAUUUUAUGAAGGGGCAGCUAGUGUCAGAUGCCAGAGUUUACACUGCAUCCAUCACCAAGCCGCUGGCAAAAGGAGAAGUUUCUGGUUUAAGAGAGGUGGCUGGUGUUAACCUCAGCUUCUUGGUCUCUUGAAUAAUCCUGACUAUGGAAACACAGACCAACAAUAAUGCACCUACUGUAACAUGUUUGGCAGAUUAUGAAACUUAGAGCACAAACACAUUGCUAAACUUUGGAGUACUGGCUGUAAGUAUAUGUGUAUCAGCCUGGUAAGGGUCUGGAAGAGGGAAAAGCAGCCAAAGCCCUCCAAUUGCCUGGUUGGACUGUGCAGCUAUUUAAAAGCAGCUGAUUUUUUCAUCAGAAUGCUUUUUUAAAUAAUCUGCUGGAACAGAACCAGCUCUGUCAUUAAACCGAGCACGCGCUGCCAGAAGCUCGUAGCAUGGGAACAAGCAUGCAGACUGUUGACUUAAAUUUUCUGUGCUCAAAUGAGACAUAAAACUAUCAAAAUCGAGGGUACUGAUAAUUUCCAUAAGAGCUCGUUGAGAUGUACAGAUCUGCUCCUGCCUUUUGAGAAGGUACAAAUGAGAACCUGGAAUGCUCAAGUAAAUGGCUACA